CUCGGCACCGCCGUGGACGGGGCGCGGGGCGCGCCGCAGCCGGAGCGGGGCCGGGCCCCGCCGCUCCUCCUUCCGCCUGCCAUGCAUUCUUCCGGCUCCUCUGGCUCCCGUAGCCCCAGCCGGGGCCGGGCCAGCCCGAGGCAGCCGCGAGGGGAGUAGGGCGUCCGCGCGCCCGCUCGCGCCGCGCCUCGGCCGCCGCUGCCGGGUCCAUGACCGCGACCCCUCGGCCGGGGACACCCGCCGCCGCCGCCGCGCAGCACCGCGUCCCGGGCCGCCGACCCCCGGCCCCACCGUCUCCCGCGCUCCACCGCCCGCCGCCCGCGCCCGCCGAGAAAGACAGGACAGUCUCCAAUGUGAGAAUGGCUGUGACUUUGGAAGAAGCUCCGUGGCUGGGCUGGAUCUUGGUGAAAGCCCUGAUGAGAUUUGCCUUCAUGGUCGCCAACAACCUGGUUGCUAUUUCCUCCUACAUCUGCUAUGUAAUUGUGCUUCAGCCCCUUCGACUGCUGGACAGUAAGCGGUUCUGGUAUAUUGAAGGAAUCAUGUACAAAUGGCUUUUAGGAAUGGUGGCUUCUUGGGGAUGGUAUGCUGGAUAUACAGUGAUGGAAUGGGGGGAAGAUAUUAAAGCAAUUUCAAAAGAUGAAGCAGUAAUGUUGGUGAAUCAUCAGGCAACAGGAGAUGUGUGUACUUUGAUGAUGUGCCUCCAGGACAAAGGACUGGUUGUUGCUCAAAUGAUGUGGUUGAUGGAUCAUAUUUUUAAGUACACAAACUUUGGAAUUGUUUCUCUAAUUCACGGAGACUUCUUUAUCAGACAGGGAAAAUCUCAUCGUGACCAACAGCUUCUUCUUCUCAAGAAGCAUCUAGAAAAUAAUUACAGGAACAGAGAUCGAAAAUGGAUUGUUCUGUUUCCAGAAGGGGGCUUCCUCAGGAAGAGGCGAGAAACCAGUCAGGCAUUUGCCAAGAAAAAUAACUUGCCAUUUCUUACACAUGUCACUUUGCCAAGGAUUGGGGCAACAAAAAUUAUUCUGAAUGCACUUGUAGCACGACAGGAAAAUGGAAGUCCAGCAGGAGGAGAUGCUAAGGAAUUAGACAGCCGAUCGAAAGGCCUCCAGUGGAUAAUAGAUACAACCAUAGCUUAUCCCAAAGCUGAACCCAUAGAUAUUCAAACCUGGAUCCUUGGAUACAGGAAACCAGUAGUCACACAUGUACAUUACAGGAUCUUUCCAAUUAAAGAUAUACCCCUGGAGACUGAUAACCUUGCUGACUGGCUCUAUCAGCGUUUUAUUGAAAAAGAGGACCUCUUAUCACAUUUUUAUGAAACAGGGGCUUUUCCACCUCCCAAGGGCCAUGAGGAAGCUGUUUCCAGGGAAAUGACGCUCAGCAAUACGUGGCUAUUUCUUAUACAGUCUUUUGCAUUUUUGUCAGGCUAUAUGUGGUACAGCAUCUUUCAGUAUUUUUACCAUUGCCUGUUUUAGGAAUUGACUUGGACUUGUCAAGGUCACCACAGGAGCUUGGACUUUCAUAAGCGUGCAUUGUUUUACAUGUACAAAUCAGAAUAUAAAAAAAAAAAGGAAAAGGAAAUUCAAUGGAUGGAUUAAUAUUUAUCCCCCUUUGGGAUAUUUUAAAACUCUACUAAAAUGAGGAUCAAUAAUAUAAUGACCUGCAAAUAUGUUUUAAGGACUUUUCAUGUUUUAAAAAGAUACACUCCACCACACAUUUAAGCAAACAUCACUUUUGGAGAAGAGGAAAUCAUAAAAUCAUCCUAGAAGACUCUCUGAGACAAAUUCUGUUGCCACCAGAUAUACCUGUUAAUCUAGUUCAAGCUCAGAAAGUUGUACGCAUCCGUUCCUUUUAGCUAGUAGUCUCUGUUAGGCAGUGCUGUAGAGCGCCCUCAUCUCCACCAACUCUUGCUGUGUUACUGGUAACCUCGAGGGGAGCUGGUUGGCACCUUCUGAAGAACUCUUUCCCUGUUGUUCGCAGCGACACUCCGGUCCUCCACAGCUACAUGAAGUUCGGUGUCAAGCAUACUCUGGGGGGCAAAGCAGUGUCCACUGGACAUAUUCUGGUACUAGAAUGUGUUCUUCAGAAAGACCAGCUCAGUCCAAUGCUGUGUUUACAUGCACUAGUGCUUCCCCUUGUAUAAGGGGUGGGUCAUUUGAUUUAUCUUCUUGUAUAGAAGACAUAUCAUAGGUUGAUGAUUGUCUUUUACAAAAUGCACUUUUAUCAGAUGCAUAUAUAGCAAAGGAUUAGUACUAUAACCUAAAAACAAACAUAAGCAUAAUCAGUGAGUGGGAUUUUUGAGAGGCUGCCUGUCUGCACGUGGAUCUGUGCUCUGGCGCUCUCCAGCGCUGCCUGCAUUGGGCACCAACCACACCGAGGCUUCCGUCCCACUCAGAGCCUUUUUUUUUUUUUCCCUCCAUUUUGCAUAUUAGCAUUAAAUGCAUAUGGGGAUGGUUGAAACAAAUUAAGGUAAGACAUUUGAAUGAUCAAUUUAAGGUGAAAUAGACUAGUUUAUUAGAAAAAUAAGAGAUAAGCCAGGCGCUGGCUUCCAGUGGUGACAAGUUCUCACAUGGCACCCCCGGAACCUGUGUUCCCUUAGCACAUCAAGGAGCUGCCCAUGUCAGAGUGGUGUAACCAGGAGAGAGACCAGCAAAAGGGCUUCUCAGUCUCUUCCAAUUGCCUUUGGAAAGGAUAAAGUCAAGUUUUUAUUUCUAGAAAACUUCUUUUUCUUAAAUUUGUCACUAUGUUCAUGUGAUUGACCUCAUAGUAGAACCAAACACUUCUCAAAAAGUGCUGGCAUGCCAUCAGCCCAUCACCUGCACUCCCAGUGUUGAGAGAGAGGCUAUUUUUUGGCUUGGGACUAUAAAACUAUUUAGAUCCUAGUGAGUCAGUGGUAGUUAUCUGUGAUGUGAGCAUUGUAGGUUCCCCUAUCGCCACUAAUCGUACAAAUGACAAUUUUGAGAAGUAGCCAGAAAAUAAAAGUAAAGGCUAGUGUUAUCUUUUUUUCAAUAAACCAAAAAAAACUGGAAAGAUGUGAAUUUUCUCCCAGUUAUGUGGGAAAGGCAAAGCAACACCAAAUCAAAGCCCACAGCAUCUUCAUCUUUAGGGUUAAUUCAAUGCCUAUGUGAAAUAGAAUGAUGCGUUACCUGAAAUACCUCAUUGAAUAUUAGACUACUACUGGUGAAAUGCAGAAGAUAGUGUUAAUGUGUUUAGUUUGGUAAUGGUUGUUAUAAGAUGCAGUUUUUUUGAAAUCUAAGCAUUUCCUUAUGUGUUUUACAGUGACAGUGAAUAGGUGAAGCCAAUCUCAAUAUAGAGGUAUGGAUAAUGAUAGGAAGACGGAUAGAAGCUUAAAGAUGCUUUUGUUCGAGGCCCAGCAAACACCGCUUGACAAGAUGAAUUGAAAUUGUUCAUUUGAGAGAUUAGUCAGCCAUCUGGAGGAUAAGUUGCUCACUGUCGAGUAUGGCACGCACAGUCCUAGCCAAUAGACCUUUUCCUCGUUGCUAAGCAAGCCGCAGAUAGCGUGGCCAGUUCUCCCAUCCAAGAAAAUAAAAAAAGAGAGAGGAAUGCAUACAUGCAUAUAUAAAUGUGGUUUAGGGCCACUUUUGCCAUCACUGUGCUCCAAAGGAACGUGGUAUUGUUUAAUAUACUGUAUAUGUUAAACAGACUAUUAUGUAAGAUGCUUUACUUUUCCAGUGCAGUCAUUUCAACAGUCUGUAGAGUGACAAAUACCAGUAGAUGUGUGAGUUAACUUUUGAAAAUAGAUCUGUGAGUUGUAAAUAGAUGUGUAUUUGAUCUGCCCUAUCCCUCUUUGAUCCUUCAUCAACAUGUUCUCUCUCUUCUGUUGGCAAAAUGUUUGAGAGCAUUGAUAGUGCUUUCCGUUAUCAGUAACUGGAGUUCUCCUGCUUGUACUAGAGAAUGUAAAGAGAGAAUCCAUGUUUUUAUAUGGCAAUCAGGGAAGCAGCAAUAUGCCACUGUACAGAACUGAAUUAAAAGUCCUAAUUUGUAUUUUCUUUGCAAAGUGAGAUCAAAGGAUGUUUAGAAAAUAUACAUUUUGUCAAGGGGAAAGAAAAUAAAACUGUGCCAAUUUUAUGCCUUGUAGAAUCUCAGCACUUCUUGGUCUCAGCUGAUCUGCCUAGAUUCACACAGCAGAGAGGGUUGAGAACUCCCUGCUGGACCCUGGUCUCAACGAGUCGCAGUGAGGGGAGCAUCUGCUUGGCCACAGGCAGGCGCAGUGACUACAGAAGUGACCACCCCAGCAGUUCAUGCUUAACUUCAGAAACUCUCAUUGGUGUUGAAAUAUACAGAUAUUGUGGAGAAACCUAUAUGCCAGUAGAAGGUAAAGGAAAAUUACAGAAUGGAAAAUGAUGUUUUGGGUGGGCAAACGAGUUGAGAAUCUAAAUAGUAGAUUUUUUUUAAAGCUAGCUCUGAGUUCAGAUCUGUCAUGUUAUUAAGUAGUUGUUAAUAUUACAACCAACCCUUAAUUUUCCACAGUAAAAGAACUAGAGAUUACUGGAUAGUUAAUCCAGUAAUAAGUCAUAGUAAGCCAAAAAUCUAAUUGUAUUUAGGUGUUUGAGUUUUUAUUAUCAUCAAACUUUUUUUCUUCUAGGGAUGCAUAUUAAUUUAAAAAAAUGAUUUGAGUUUAUUAGUUUCUAUUGCCUACAUAUUUAUGACUGUUAAUGAGUAGUGAAAAGAUUUGGAAAGACAGCUUCAGGAAGAGGAAACACAAAAGCCUAAAUAAUCCAUGGGCUAGAAAAGGAAUCCAUGAAUAAUCAAGAGUUGGCGGUAUUGUAAUUUUUCUCGAGCCUUUUUGUGAAAAUGAAACGUUAAAUCACCAAAUGUAAACCUCAGAACAUCCCUGUAGCGUUAAUAGUGUUUGGAUUAGUGUUAAGAAUGCCUCUCAUUCUUUGCUCACGUUACUCACUUCUGGUGGAUUUGUCUUAGUAACGUUUCUUGACAAUCACUUCCCUACAGACUGUUCUGAACUAUUGGGACCUGGUUAUAAUCGUAGAAAGUUAAUCAUGGAUAGCCUUAUUGGAUUCUUUUUAUAUUUAAGAAAAUUUUAUUUGCAUUGCUGAAUAGGAAGAGUCAGCUAUUUCCUUCAUUACAUAGGACCUCCUUCCAGAGUUACCAUUAUGAGUAUGUCAGCUCUGGUCCACAAAGGAUGGAUAAAAAUGGUUCUUCUUAUUUUUUUGCAAUGUAGUGCUGUGAAUUUUACAUCUGUUAACAUGAAAGGCAAAGGCAAAGCCACCCUGGGCAGCAAGUAUACUGGUUCACUUUAUAGAGACUAAUACCUUUGGGACCAAAACCACCUAAAUUGGACAUUUCUCAGUCACAGAGGGGCCAGAUGUUCUCUGGAACAGUCGCUGGUUGGUGCUUUAUUGUAAUCAUUUUGCAUUGGUACCCAACAAUUAGGAACUGGACCCUGGGGAUAAGCUGAGGGUGCUGAACUGUUGGGGAAGGCUGACUGUAGCUAUAUGGAAAAUAAAAUAAGGGUUUUUCUGCAAAUUUCCAUUUGAGGAUUUUUACAUUUAAUAUUUUUUUAAAACAGUUAAAAGAGCAAAAAAAAGUUUUAAGUGUAAUCUACUUGCGAGGUAUGCACACAUAUUUUGAAUGGCUUUAUUUUUAUUGUGUAAAACUGUUGAACACAUGACUGUGAUGCACAAAUUCUUUACAUGUAAGGAGUCUAUGCAUUUUACAGUAACUCAUUUCAUGAUUGGGUAAUGAAACAGUUGUACAUUGAAUUGCCAUUGUUGUAUUAAGUGCUUUCAUUUUCUUUACAGUUAUUACAAAGUUGUAUUUAUUUUAUACAGGUGGAUUUUCAUUUUCCUGAUGCCAUAAUGUUUACUUUAGCUUGUUGACCUGUCUUUCUUUGUGUAUCUGCAUGUUGUAAUAUAUGAUAAGAAUGAAUGUAAAGGCUGUGGCAACUGUAAUUAAAUUUUGCAAAGGGCUGGUCACAUGUGGAUCUGGUUUAUGAACGCAUUUGGGAUUAUUUUCGUAACCAGAUCACCUUUUCAGAAAUUUAGAUGUGAACACCAAAAGAAGCAUUUUCUCAACAAAAAUUAAUAGCUGGUUCUAUUUUUUUUAACCUAGAAAAAAUAAAGUUGAUUUUUUUCAAGUAAA